CCAAUUCAACUAAUACAAUCAAAAUUCUUUCUCAUUCAAAAAAAGCUAAUUUUUCUGUAGUUACUUGUUUCAUUUUUUGUUUUAGUUGAUUCUUUGUAGUUCACAAAAAAUGGUUUCCAUGUCAAAGAUUGCUACUGGUAAUGGUCACGGUGAAAACUCACCUUAUUUUGAUGGAUGGAAAGCAUAUGAAACCAAUCCUUUUCACCCUAUUGAUAGACCUGAUGGUGUUAUUCAAAUGGGUCUAGCUGAAAAUCAGCUUUGUUUUGAAUUCAUCAAAAAGUGGCUAAUGGAACACCCAGAGGCUUCCCUUUGUACUGCAGAAGGUGUAAACAGGUUCAAAGAGACUGCACUUUUCCAGGAUUAUCAUGGGAUGCCUGAGUUCAGACAAGCUGUUGCCAAAUUUAUGGGGAAAGUGAGGGGAGAUAGAGUGAAAUUUGACCCAGACCGUAUUGUUAUGAGUGGUGGAGCAACUGGUGCUCAUGAAAUGGUGGCUUUUUGCUUGGCUGAUCCUGGUGAAGCAUUAUUGGUUCCUACUCCAUAUUAUCCAGGAUUUGAUCGUGACUUAAGGUGGAGAACAGGAGUUGAACUUGUACCAGUGAUUUGUGAAAGUUCACAUAAUUUCCAAAUCACUAGAACCGCCAUGGAAGCUGCAUAUGAAAAAGCUCAAGAAGCUAACCUUAAAGUCAAGGGUUUACUCAUAACAAAUCCAUCAAAUCCAUUAGGAACUAUAAUGGAUCGAGAGACAUUAAAGAGCAUCGUGAAGUUUAUAAACGAAAAGAACAUUCACCUAAUAGGUGACGAAAUUUAUGCCGCCACGGUUUUCAAAGACCCUGAAUUCGUCAGUAUUUCAGAGGUCAUACAAGAAGUUGAAUGCAACCAUGAUUUAAUCCACAUUGUUUACAGUCUUUCUAAAGACAUGGGGUUCCCUGGUUUUAGAGUUGGCAUUGUAUAUUCAUACAAUGAUGCAGUGGUGAAUUGUGCUCGUAAAAUGUCAAGUUAUGGCUUGGUUUCAUCACAAACACAGCAUUUAAUUGCUACCAUGUUGAACGAUGAUGAUUUCCUUCAUAAUUUCAUCAUGGAAAGCAAAGAACAGUUGUUCAAAAGGCACAAGUAUUUCACAUGGAGUCUUUCACAAGUUGGUAUUGGUUCAUUGAAGAGUAAUGGUGGGUUGUUUAUAUGGAUGGACCUUCGUAAACUUCUUAAAGAGAAGACGUUCGAUGCUGAAAUGGAUUUGUGGCGAGUGAUAAUCAAUGAAGUUAAGCUUAAUGUUUCACCAGGGUCGUCCUUUCAUUGUCAUGAACCUGGUUGGUUUAGGGUUUGUUUUGCUAAUAUGGAGGAUAACACCAUGGAAGUUGCUUUAUCGAGGAUUAGAAGCUUUAUCCUUAAGAACAAUGAGUCCAUAGUUCCUCGCAAGUUAUGCAGCCGAAGCAGCCUUAAACUCAGCUUAUCACGUAGCUUAUCACGAAGAAUGGAUGAUUUCAUGUCACCUGCUGGCAUUAUGUCACCACAUUCUCCGUUACCUCAAUCACCCCUCGUUCGAGCCAGGACUUGAAAAUCGGUUUUCGACAUUAACGGAGAAAAGGAUAGUUUAUUUUAUUCGUGUUUUUUAAUUAAUUUGUAAAAAAAAAAAAUAGAGAAUAUGAUGCAUUCUUUUUCAUGGAGUUACCUCAUACACUAUCAUCCUUUUGGUGGAAGCUCUCCAUCGCAUGGGGGACUCCAUGGAUUCAUGCAUCAACUAUUGUAUUUCCUUACAUUCAUAAAGUGUAAUGUGAGGGAAGUUAAAUGUUGGUAGAGCACUGCUCUCGUACACAAGUAUGCCAUUGUUGGUUGUUUGUAUUGUUUAUUAGGGCUUUGUAACAAAAAAAAAUAUUAGUUCCGAAUUUUUAACCCUAAACCCCAUUCAGUGAUUGAAAUAAAGGAUUAUCUCUUGUAUUCAA